CACAGAGACAGAUAACAAAAAAAGAUGAUGUUCUUAUCGAAAUCCAAAUCAAGAACAGUUCACCACUAUCACGAUGAGAGUGGAGACGACGGUGAACGUGAAGCAUCCACUUCUUUAACAGUUUGGACAAAAUCGCUCGUUUACAGCUGCAGCGGCUUCACCGUCAUCCGCUCCGACGGCGGUUUGGCCUAUCGGGUCGACAACUACACCAAUCGACCUGAUCAAACCAUCCUCAUGGACGGCUCCGGCAAUCCCAUUUUCACCAUCUGCCGUCGCAAGAAGCUAAGGCUGUUGGAUUACUGGCUUGUCUACGAAGGAGAAUUUGACAUGAAAUCAUCGCAGAAGCCUAUGUUUUGUGUGAGGAAAAAUAUGAGGCUGAGGCAAACAAAAAUGGAUGAUGUGGUAGCCUAUGUAUAUUGUGGGAUUUUGGAAAAUAGAUGCAUGUAUGUGGUCGAAGGAUCCUUUACGCAUAGAUCGUGUAAGAUUUUGGAUGAAUCGAGGAGGGUUGUUGCAGAGAUUAAGAAGAAAGAAGCCAUGCCAAAAGGUGCAUCAUUUGGUUUAGAGGUGUUUCAUUUAAUCAUUACGGCAGGUUUCCAUUGCAAAUUUGCCAUGGCUAUUGUUUUAUUACUUGACCAGAUGUACUCCUAAAUAGUGCUCAUGUGCAAAAUCAAUGAUAAAUAUAUAUUGUUGGAUUGGGUGGAUUC